CACGAGUGGUUACCAUGCAUGUAACUAAACAAGUGCUAGUGGCUGUUUGAGCAGGACGAUUAGGACUAGUCAUCAUGGUGCGUGCCUACGAUACGAUUCUUUCCUUGCGGGCUUCCCUAGCUCUCACCUCCCCCAAAGCAGGCCCCCCUUCCGGUUCCGGUUGACCAAACUAUCUGGGCAACGGGUCAAUUCAUCGCAUCGGUUCGUCUUCAUGCGAUCGGGGCCUCGAUCUCCUCUCCUGCCAAUUCCGUGCUCGUCUCGUCUCCUUCUAUCACGCGGGACGCGGCCACAAAUCAAAAAUAGCACACCCAACCUCCCGUAGCGGCUAGCACCCCCUAUGUUUCUCUUCCGCCGCCACUGCCACCAACCAUCUUUGAUUAUUCGAGACAUUUCAAAGCAUCCGAUUUGUCGUGGGUGAGCUGUUGGCGUAAUUCCUUCGUACCUGCCGAGUAUAUAUGCGCAGGCAUGCCACGAAUUAUUAUUGUCUCUGAACUCCAGAGAAGGUAGACGAGUGUUGCUCGAAUUAGGUAGGCAUCUCAGGUUUCAGCUGGAUCGGGCUCGGGUCUGUGAUGAUGGAGAAGGGGGCCAGGGGGCUGUCCUGCCGGGCCGCGAUCUGCGGCAUCGUCGUCCUGCUCUGCGCCACGGCCUUCUCCUGCUCCCUCGCCGCCGAAUUCCACAAAGUCAAGGAGAAGGACAUGAAGCUGGACGGCAGCCUCUGCUCCCUGCCCAGGAGCUCCGCCUUCGAAUUGGGCGUCGCGGCCAUCGCCUUCCUCUCCGUGGCUCAGCUCGUCGGCACCACCGCCGCCGCCACCACCAUGUGCGCCUCCAAAUCCAAGUCCAACAAGUCCGCCGCCGCCAGAGACCAUGUCGCCUCCGUCGCCAUCCUCGUCCUCUCAUGGGUGUGCUUCGCGCUGGCGGUGAUCCUGCUGGCGACGGCGGCGAGCAUGAACCACGGGCAGCGCUACGGGCGGGGGUGGAUGGACGGCGACUGCUACGUGGCCAGGAACGGCGUGUUCGGCGGCGCCGCCGCUCUGGUCCUCGUCACGGCGCUCCUCAUCCUCGGCCUCACCUUCGCCACCAAACCGGCGGCGGACGCCGCGCCGCCCACGUCGUCGUGCACCAUAGGAGAUCCCGCCUGCCGUGCAACGACAAUUCAUCUCGACGCCGACGCGGAACAACCGGGCGGGCGAUGCAAGCAAUGAUCGAUGCUGCUGGCAUCGGCAUCGCCGGACACGCUUCGCUGUUCGCCCCGCAAAGGCCAAGCCGGGUGGGUCAUCUUCGCACGCUGGCAAAGGCGAAAGAGAGGCGCUGGAUUGGAUAUACCGGUGUGGAUUUAGAUAUUUAGCUGGGACAAAGUACAUACAUUACUGACAUUUACUGACGCGGCCGUGCAAAAUGUAAAUGGUGCCAAAUCGGUGCAAGUAAAAGGAAGAAAAGGUAAGAGGAUACAGAAAUUACAGAGGUUCUUUGUGUUAUAUACUGCCAUUUUGGGUAAUCCAGAUACUCCCUGUUUGUCGGGUUGUAGUGUUGUACUGGCAAAGAUUCUGGUCUCUGAAUUACAGAGUAUGUUCACCGUA